UUGGGGCUAUAUCAUAUGGCAUGUCAUGGGAAGCAAAUCUUAAAAGGGAAUCAAAAGAAAUUGCCCUCUCUUUGCCCACCACUCUCUCUCUCUCUCUUUCUCUCUUUCUCUCUCUCUCUCUCACCUGCUCAAGAUAUGGAAAUCGCCACAUGAUUUCACACACCCCCACAGAGGAAAAAGGCACCAUUGCUGACAUCACCUGUAUCUCUUCUCCGGAUUUUCUUGGGUCCCACCUUUCCUCUCCUUUUCUCACUUUCAUCCAAGACUUUCUUUUCCUCCUCUUGUUUAUUUUCUCAGACAUUUAUUUUUACUAUAAUGCUAUAUGUAUGCUAUGGUCUUUUUUUUUUUUAUGUAUGUAUAAAAUAGAUAUUGUAUAUUAUAUAUAUAUAUAAUAAAAAAACCCACCACCCCCACUACCAUCUCCACCCUUCUCCAUCACCCAACCAAAAAAAUAAUAUUCUUUUGAGCUAUUAGUUUAUUUAAUUUUUUUUGAUUUAUUUAUUGGUUUAUUGCCUUGCUUGCCCCUUAAUUCAAAAAUCAAUUUGGAAAAUUUGCAAGAUUUGGGAGGAAAUCUGGUCGGAUCUUGCUUUGUGGGAUUGUGGUUUUUGGUGGGUCUUUUAUUUCAAUACAAAACCCUCUCUCUUUUUCUUCCUUCUACCUCCUCCUACUUGCAAUAGUUUUUGUCCAAAACCAAAACCAAAACAAAUAGAUAUAUAAGAAAGACAGAGAGAAAAAUAAGAAAACUUUUUGUCUCCAACCAUCAAAAAAAAAGGGAGGUCUUCUUCUUUCAGCUGCUUCUUCUAUCUUUUAUAUUGUAUUAUUUGCAUUGAGCUUAUUGAAUUCUCAGUUGGGUGAGAAAUACACAAUGGGAAUGGCCACUACAGAGUCCCAGUAUCAUGUUCUAGCUGUGGAUGAUAGCCUUAUUGAUAGAAAACUAAUUGAGAGGCUACUCAAAACCUCAUCAUAUCAAGUUACUACAGUUGAUUCUGGUAGUAAAGCAUUAGAGUUUCUGGGGUUUCAUGAAGAUGACCAAAGCAAUCCAGAUACAUCUUCUAUUUCUCCAAAUAGUCAGGAUGUGGAAGUGAAUCUUAUUAUUACAGAUUACUGUAUGCCAGGCAUGACAGGCUAUGAUCUGUUAAAGAAAAUCAAGGAAUCUUCAUAUCUGAAAAACAUUCCAGUUGUGAUCAUGUCAUCUGAGAAUGUGCCUUCAAGGAUCAACAGAUGUUUAGAAGAAGGAGCAGAAGAGUUUUUUUUAAAGCCAGUACAAUUAGCAGACGUGAAAAAACUAAAACCUCAUUUGAUGAAAAACAAGUUGAAAGAUCAAGAAGUUGAUAAACCAGAGGAAAUCCAAGAAAACCCAGAAGAAAAUUUAGUGAAACAAGAAUUUCUGUCAGAGAAAAUUCAUCUGCAACCAGAAACUCAACAACAACAACAAUUGACAAAUAAUAACAAGAGAAAAGUCAUGGAAGAAACCCUUUCACCUGAUAGAACUAGACCAAGAUACAAUGGUAUUGCCACUGUGGUUUGAUGAUUAAUCUUUUUAAAGUUUACACCUUUUCACCUCAACAUUGUAAUUUUCAUCACUUUUUUUUUUUUUUUAUCUUUUUCUUUUUAUAAUCACUGCUAGUUUAUAUACUGGCUAAAUAGGAAUGUAGAGAGGGAUCAGAGAGUUUUUUCAUGUACACUGUUUUACAUGGAAAUCUUUCAUUCAAAAUUUUGUUGUGCUAAUAAUAUAACAUUAAAAUCAAUGUAACUAUCUUAACUGUGAUUAGUGUA